CUCCCUUCGUUUAAGCAGGUGAUCUAUACUUGGCAAGUAAGUGGAAAAGUAGAGGAAGCCACAAUCGUCGCACCUCAGUCUCUCUAAUCACACAGCAAUGAGUACAGAUUAAGGCUUAUGUCUAUCACGGAGAGGAGAGCGCAACCUCUCGCGAGCAGAGCUUCUUGGAGACCUCUUUUCUCGACUUGGGGCGUAGGAAGGGAGCGGUCUACUCGAGCCGGCCGGCUGGCCGAAUCGAGACGAUUGCCGGAGGGUUUGGGUCAACACGUACUCUCACCUUGCAAAAGCCGAUGCGCGCGUGAGAGAGAGAGAGCGUCGGACUCCCCAACUUUCCAAUAAAGGAGAAGGAACAGCGGCACGAGGAGAUCCUCUGCAGAUCUAUCGCUUUCUCUCUCUCUCCCUCUCUCUUCAAGGACACUUUUGAGACAGCCUCGACCGCAAGGCACGGCUCAGUCCGCGAGCCACCAUUACGCUGUUUGACGUGGAACAGCGAAGGCGGUAUUCACCGCAAUCACGACCAUCGAUCGUCCUCAUCUCGUCCGCUGCUCGGUGUUCCCAGAAAGUACACAGCAGUGGAUCCAUUUGCUUGGGGAACCCCAGCUCAUUGCCACUGCUGCUCCCUCUCCGAAUCUCUCCUUUUAAUGCCUUGCUUCUCCUCUCCUCUCCCCCACAAAACCCCAGCCUGGACAGAUAACAUCAUAGGAGGUGAACUGGCUCAAGGGUUUGAGGAAUCAGUGCUGAGAAGCUCAUUCGAUAGUAGGCAACCUUCUCUGAGAAGACCCAAAGCAAUAGGCCACGAGGCAUGCGUUGAUGGUUCAUCAUUCUUCUUUUGAGAUGCUCAAAGCUGUCUCCCAGUCUCAUAUGUGAUCAAUGGAGAAGCCAUUCAGUUGUUCCCAACCCAUUUCAUUAGUUAGAAAUGGAAUAUGGGAUGUGAUCAAGUUAGAUCUAUUACAGAGUACAAACAGUUCCUGCUACAUUGUCAUUUUGGUGGGUAGCUUUCAUGGCUGAUGAUCACCAGCUCCGGAAGCUGUCUAAAUCUCUUUGGCAAUUGCAUAACCAAUACUCACCUUGCCAAUUCUUGUUGUUGUUGCUCCAAAACCAAAUCUUGUCGUUCUUGGCAGCUGGGAGUCGAGUCGACAUUGUUGAAAGGAAGAAGUGGGAGUCCUUUCAUCUUUGAGCUUCAGACCGAUGUCGUGGUCAAGGUAAUCUUUGUCUCAGUAGGUUUUUUUGGUUUGAACUACUGAUCCCUCAAAUGUCUUGGGGCUUUUGUUUCACCAGAGGGUCAGAUUUGCAUCAGCAGCAGUCCCCGCGAGCCCCUCUUCACCUUAAGACUAGUGUUAUCUCUGAAGCCAACAGCCUUCACCGGAUGGUUGUCGACCGCAGCCCGAAGCUCGAGGAUGGACGGUCCCCUCGAAGUCCCCUCCAUGAGCAGAAGAAGCGAAGCACCCGGGUGGCAGAUUUGGAGACCAAGUUGAGCAAAGCUCAGGAAGAGCUCAAGAAGCUCAGAGACCAGUUGGGCUCUGCAGAAGUUGCCAAGGUUGAUGCCGAACAAGCUCUCGAGAAGGCAAAGAAACAGGUUUUUUCUGUGAACCGGAACUCUGAAUUAGACAAACAGAAACCUCUUCCUCAGGCGUCGGAACCGGCAUCAGAGCCUAAGCCACUACCAGCUCCCAAGUCUGAAGUGGAGGAUGUCAGCUCUUCUACCGCUUCUGAUGUUUCCACACUAGCAGUGCCAAUGGAACCACUUGGUCAGGUUAAACACGAGGAGGAGGCAGAGAAGGAGAAGGACGAACAGAAUAUGGAGAUAAUCAUGAAGAAGGAUGAUGAUAACAACAUUGGGGGAGGAGUGGUGGAGAGAAAUGAAUUAGUAGAUCUUCCUGAGAGCCCAGAGGAGGUCAAGCUCAAGUAUAUGAUACUGGAGAAAGAGAAGGAAGUGGAGUUUCUGCUGGAAGAGAACAUGAGUUUUAAGAGAAGAGCAGAGGAAGAAGCCGAGAACCUUGCCGCGGGUGCACGAGCCAAGGAAGAGGAGCUGAAGGCAAAGAUAAGCUCAAUGGAGGAGGAACUGAAGGAGAGCAGGGCAAGAGCAGCACAUCUGAUCGAGCAAUUGGCGGCAGCCGAGGGAGCAAAAGCGACGCUCGAAGUGGAGAUGAAGAGGCUAAGGGUGCAAACUGGGCAGUGGCGCAAGGCAGCAGAGGCAGCAACCGCGCUGGUGGCUGCUGGAGACAGAGCUGCCACGGAGAUGGGAGGGAAGAGAGUAGCGGAACGGUGUCGGUCGAUGGACGGUCAUCACGGCGGAUUUGACGGAUGGGAUUUGCCGCUGGUGGGAGGCGAAUCGGAGGAGGAUGGGGUGGUCGGAGGGAGGAGGAAAUCCGCAGGAAUUUGGAUGUUUGGAGACCUGUGGAAGAAGAGACUGCAGCAGAGGUGAGCAGAACCAGUAUCCGGGGGGGAAUAACUGGAGCUCCUUGUUACUUAUUUGCUCCGUUAAGAGUCCUGUUUUGUUUUCUUUGGUUUGGUGGUUCUGCUGUUGUAUCUUGCUGCUAAUGUUCCUGAGCUUAGUAACA